GAGGGAGAGUGAGAGAGAGCAAGCGUCAGCACUCCACGCGUUAAAAGGGCAGAUGGUAACCGCGGGUAACUGAAGAGCAAACCACUCCUGGCCACGGAGCAAGAGAUCAGCAGAGGGAGAGAGGAACACAUGCAUUAGAGGAGAAGAGAGGGAUGAGCUCUCACUGACCGUCUGCACGUCUGCCUUGAGAGAGAAGACGAGCGGGUUACUUCUUACUUCUAGUUUCUAGAAACAAAGACAAAGAGAGAAAGCGACGUCGCAGGGACAAUCUCUGCAGAGAGGAAACGGGAGAAGCCGAGAUCCUGAGAUUCCUGCGGAGAAGUAUUCCUUGUUGUAGCCUAUUUCCAGACAGAGAGACGAAGCAGGGAUAGCCUACAGUCCAGCCAGAUGGGGAGGUGAGGAGCAGGACGCAGACGAGCCGGAUAGUUUGCAAGGAGCCUGAUGCCAGGAGGACAGCUUUAGGGGCUCUGAUCGGGAGAGGUGUUUUGAGGAGAAAGAGUGGCAUAUGGAGGGAGAGAGAGUUGAGCUGACAAGUUAAGACGGGAGAGCUUAGAGCGGUUUAAGGAAAAGGGAGAAAGGAGAGAAGGGAACUCGAGCAAGAUCUGAGAAAGAGGAGCAGAGCGGUGAGAGAGACCGGGGAUGUUGAUGAAGAUAGAGGAGAAAGCAGAAGAAGGGAUGAAAUAGUUUCCAAAUAAAUUGCGUGACGGAAAGGAGCAGAAAAACGGAGUGUGAAAAGGAGUGUCCCAUCCAGAGACAGGGAAUAAAGGAGCCACAUGCCGGAGGGGAGACAACUUCUUUCUGCUCUGUUGAAGCCCCUCUUCCACCACUUUGUUGUUUUGAACUCAAACCCGAGGAGGGACAACUAAGAAGAAGAAGAAAAGUUGUCGGUGCUGAAUAAAACACAUAGUUUGACGACAGUUUAACACCGCAGACCGUCAGACAGCAGCCCCGUCCACCCAUGCCCCGCUCCGGACGGGGGGGUCAUGGCGUGCUACUACAUAGUGAUCAGCUCCACGCACCUGCGCGACGGACAGCUGCGGAGCAUCAAAGGGGUGUUCCGCGGACCAAUCGGAAGCAGCGGACACAGGAACGCGGAUGAAGGGGAUUCCAGUUUGUACUGCGAGCUGUGCAACAAGCAAUACCUGAGGCCCCAACAGUUUGACAACCACAUCAACUCGUACGAUCACCACCACAAACAGCGGCUGAAGGAGUUGAGGCAGAGGGAGUUCUACCGGGCGCUGGCCUGCAGGAGGCAGAGGAGGCUGCGGGAGGAGAGGAGGCGCCAGAGAAGCUUCCGCAGACCCCGCCACCUGCAGAACGAGGGGCGGAGAGGAGGAGGAGAGGAGGAGGAGGAGGGCGAGAGGAGGGAUGGAGUGUUGUGAGUAGACAUCUCUUAACUACUUUCUCAGUUAGUUAUUUUUUUCACUGAUUGGACGAGAAUUAAAAUAGUCUUUGAUUAAUUUUGUUUACUUUUGAAAGUGUGUGUCAACCCCUGGUUCAACAAA